AUGUACAUCAAUGCGGAGGUAAAAGAGGCAGAUGCCUUUCUGUGGAGGCUCACGGGCUUCUAUGGGGAGUCUACGACUGAGAAGAAGGUGUUGUUAUGGAAGGUGCUGCGUACUCUAAAUGCAAUGAGGCACCGUCCAUGGCUUUGUGUUGGUGAUUUCAAUGAGGUGCUAGUGGAGGGCGAGAAGGAAGGAGGUCCCAAAAGGAAGCAGGUCUACAUGGAUAGUUUCAAGGAAGCAUCGGAGGAUUGUGAUCUGAAUGACCUGGGAUUUGAGGGUGACCCUUUCAUGUGGCGAAACAAUAGCCAUACUAGCGAGCACUACAUCCGUGAGCGGCUGGAUAGGGUUGUGGCCUAUGGAGAGUGGAUCACAAGAUUUCCACUCUACCAGGUGAUAAAUGGUGAACCAAGACAUUCGGAUUAUCUUCCCAUCAUCGUGGAUACAAAUUCACUGGUGAGGAGGGGCAACCAGGGGAGACAACAUGUGUUCCAUUUUGAGGCGAGUUGA